GACCAAACCAAAGACCAUGGUGCACUGUGCGGGCUGCAAAAGGCCCAUCCUGGACCGUUUCCUCUUGAACGUGCUGGACAGGGCCUGGCACGUCAAGUGCGUCCAGUGCUGUGAAUGUAAAUGCAACCUGACCGAGAAGUGCUUCUCCCGGGAAGGCAAGCUCUACUGUAAAAACGACUUCUUCCGAUGUUUCGGUACCAAAUGCGCGGGGUGUGCGCAGGGCAUAUCUCCAAGCGAUCUGGUGCGGAGAGCGCGAAGCAAAGUCUUUCACCUCAACUGCUUCACGUGCAUGAUGUGUAACAAGCAGCUUUCCACCGGCGAGGAGCUCUACAUCAUCGACGAGAACAAGUUCGUUUGUAAAGAGGAUUACCUGAGUAACAGCAGUGUCGCCAAAGAGAACAGCCUCCACUCUGCCACCACAGGCAGUGACCCUAGUUUAUCUCCGGAUUCCCAAGACCCAUCGCAGGACGAUGCCAAGGACUCGGAAAGUGCCAACGUGUCAGACAAGGAAGGUGGGAGCAAUGAAAAUGAUGACCAGAACCUAGGUGCCAAGCGCAGAGGACCCCGAACCACCAUCAAAGCCAAGCAGUUGGAGACGUUGAAGGCAGCCUUUGCAGCUACACCCAAGCCCACACGCCAUAUCCGUGAGCAACUGGCCCAGGAGACUGGCCUCAACAUGCGUGUCAUCCAGGUCUGGUUCCAGAAUCGACGUUCCAAGGAGCGGAGGAUGAAACAGCUGAGCGCGCUGGGCGCGCGGCGCCACGCCUUUUUCCGCAGUCCCCGCCGGAUGCGGCCGCUGGUGGACCGCCUGGAGCCCGGCGAGCUCAUCCCCAACGGCCCCUUCUCCUUUUACGGAGAUUACCAGAGCGAGUACUAUGGUCCCGGGGGCAACUACGACUUCUUCCCGCAAGGACCGCCGUCCUCGCAGGCCCAGACGCCAGUGGACCUACCCUUUGUGCCAUCAUCUGGGCCUUCGGGGACGCCGCUGGGAGGUCUGGACCACCCGCUGCCUGGCCACCACCCUUCCAGCGAGGCACAGCGAUUCACCGACAUCUUGGCACAUCCCCCAGGGGACUCGCCCAGUCCUGAGCCCAGCCUGCCCGGGCCUCUCCACUCCAUGUCAGCGGAGGUCUUCGGACCCAGUCCACCCUUCUCAUCUCUGUCCGUCAAUGGCGGGGCCAGCUACGGGAACCACCUGUCCCAUCCUCCUGAAAUGAACGAGGCAGCCGUGUGGUAGCGGGUCCUAGUAUGAGCCACGGGAUCUCGUGGUUGUACAGAGACUACAGAGACGAACUUUUAUUUAAGAAAAAAAAAUAGGAAAAAAAAACAUACAAAAAGCAAGCCUCCUGCUCCUCUUCCUCCAGCCUCGGGGACCAUUCUCACUAUGGGGGAGACUGGACGGCAAAGGGGGUCCAAAAUAGGAUCCAAAUCCGCCUCACGGUAGAGCUGAGAUAUCCACACACUGGCUGGCAAAAUGCAGAACUGGGGCUCCUGAAGGGGAAUUCUCAGCUAUCCUCAACCUUCAACCUGAGUCUGGAUCCGUGGACAGACUCCACCGGCAGCGGCUCCUCUGGCUAGCUGGAAGACGACUUUGACAGCUGCAGCCUUGAACAGUCCUGGGCAAUGCCAGGAGCCUGGGGAGGGAAACCUAGAGGCCCGCUCAGCCGGGUGAGGGAGGAAAAGCUGUCGGGUCUUUCCAGUCAAGAGGGUCCUAGUUCUGGGAGAUCUUAGUGUUGUCUCAGAGUUCAUCGACGACAACAAACUCUUAAUAGCUUCAGAAACACCGACCUGCUGUGCAUCAGGUGGGACUAUAUAUAUUUUUUGUCUAUCCGGGUUUUUGUUUUUGCCAAAAUUUCAAAAUUUUAAUGUAAAGCUCUCAAUUCUUCUACCUUCACAAAUCAAUCUCUCUCUCUCUCUCUCUCUCUCUCUCUCUC